CUGGGCAUCUCCCUGGCUGCGCUCCUGGGCAACGGCCUCAUCAUCACCAGCACAGCCUGCGGCCAGCACCUCCACACCCCCAUGUACUUCCUCCUCAACCUCUCCCUCCUGGACCUGGGCUGCAUCUCCACCACUGUCCCCAAAUCCAUGGCCAAUUCCCUUUGGGACACAAGGGACAUCUACUUCACAAGAUGUGCUGCACAGGUCUUCUUUAUAUUAUUCUUGUUUACAGCAGAGUUUGCCCUUCUCACCAUCAUGUCCUAUGACCGCUACGUGGCCAUCUGCAAGCCCCUGCACUACGGGACCCUCCUGGGCAGCAGAGCUUGUGUCCACAUGGCAGCAGCUGCCUGGGGCACUGGGUUUCUCACUGCUCUGCUGCACACAGCCAACACAUUUUCCCUAUCCCUCUGCCGAGGCAAUGCUGUGGAGCAGUUCUUCUGUGAAAUCCUCAAGGUCCUCAAGCUCUCCUGCUCACGCUGCUACCUCAGCGAAGUUGGGCUUCUUGUGGUUAGUGCCUGUUUAUCAUUCGGGUGUUUUGUUUUCAUUGUGGGUUCCUAUGUGCAGAUCUUCAGGGCCGUGCUGAGGAUCCCCUCUGAGCAGGGAAGCCUCAAAGCCUUUUCCACGUGCCUCCCUCACCUGGCUGUGGUCUCCCUGUUUAUCACUACCUGCAUCUUUGCCUACCUGAAGCUCCCCUCCAUCUUUUCUUCAUCCCUGGAUCUGGUGGUGUCAGAGCUGUAUGCGGCAGUGCCUCCAGUAGUGAACCCGCUCAUCUACAGCCUGAGGAAUCAGGUCCUCAAGGAUGCUCUGAGGAAGCUGAUGACUGGAUGUGUUUCAGCAGCCAUACACUGCCUGCUUUCCUCUGCAAAAGGCUCCCAGUGUAGGUCGUGA